UUUUGUUCGGGAAUAUCGGACGCGUAUGCGCGAUAUGGAACAGCAGGCUAAUCAGUUCAAUCAAGGAAACCAGGCGUCUUCCUCCAAUUCGGCUCCAAUUUUGCCGGCUCCAGGUGCUAUUGUUCCCUACCAGGAACAAUCUCAAGAUGUACGUGUCAAUCAAGGGAGUACUGGAAAUGGUGGUGGUGGCUCUAAUGGUGGCGGUUUGUCCGGCGGAUACGAGGGAUUCAAUAGCGGUGUAUCAUCGGGUGGCUACAACGGUGGUGGCUACAACGGUGGUUACAACGGCGGUUACAACGGCAGCUACUACGGUGGCUAUAACGGAAGAAGGCCGUGUAAUCCGGAUUAUCGUAAUGAUAAGGUGGAACGCAUGUGGACAUGGAUGUCUACUGAGAUGGCAGAACGGGAGAAGAUCAAGAAAGAGAAAGAAGAGGCUGCAAAACGAGAGGAAGAGUUGAGAAGGAAGAAUGAGGCGGAGGAGAAAAAAUGCAAGAAGGAGAAGGAAAAGGAGGAAUUCAAAUCGAGCAUUGGACGCAUGGUCAGCAACCAGAUGAAGCAAGUGUGUGAGGAAGUUUUGGGGAAGCCGGUGAAUAUCAGGGAACCUUUCAUCGCAUUAACGACGGAGGAGAUUCGAGGAAAAUCAAGCGAUCAAUCCAAGAAACUGUCGGAAGAUGACGUGGGAAAAAGGAAGGAUGAGGAGAUCUUGAAGCUGAAACAGGCCAUGGCAGAUCUUCAGCGGAAGACGAACCAAGUUAGUAGCACAGAGCACGAGAUUCAGUCCUUGCGAUCGGACAACCAGCACUUGAUCGAAGACGUGAUGUACUUGAAACAACAGGUGGACCAGCUUAAGAGGAGCAAGUCGCUACCUGGGCCUGAAGCCUCGAGGCGAAGUGCCCCGGCAGGUACGGGGAAUGCUACGAGUACUAGCACCCCUACACCGGGCGACUAUGUUAAACUAUCGGAAGCCUACAGACGAGUACGAGACGAGAAAGAUAUGGCGGAACGGGAGGUGCAGGCCUUAAAGGAAAGAAUUGGGCGUAUUAGUAUGGUGGUUACCCCACCACCUGUCAGCACGAAACGAAAACGUGCUACACGGAAGAGUGGGUCACCGUCUAAUCUGCGGAUCAGACUGAGGAAGGCGGUCACUCCAAGCAAAUCACCAGAAGCACAGUCCAAUGCACAAGCACAUACCGGGUUUGCCGUCCAAGAGAACGAGGACAGGGAAUCCUUCCGUAGAAGAGUUUUUGUUGAGUUGGCGAAAUUGAAGAAAAAGGACAUCGAGAAGCUAUGCGAUGAUGAAAAAGUCACCUAUGUGACUAUCAAAGCUUCGUCGAAGGAGAUUGCAGCGAUCUAUACGGAUCAGGCUUUCGGCAAAUAUGAAAGAAGGAGAACUCUCGAUGACAAUGAUGUUCAGGUUAUUGAAGAAUCGGAAGACCUUGCGGGACAGAGUACAGAAAUCGAGGGUGACGAGGGGAACUCUGAAGGAUGUUAAGGUUGGUUGCUGAGCGUGGGAGAUUUAUCUGAUCUCGCUCUUGUGUGUAGAGAUGCACGUGAGUUCUACGGACUGCUAAAGGACGGUAAUAUCGACAACGUUUUUCGGAUAACUGUGAUUUUGUUGAUUCUUCUUGGACAAAUUCCUUGGUGUAUAAAAUUUAUUCCGUUCUUACGCUAUUUAUUAUCUAUAAGCUACGACUUCGUUACAUGCCCGGGUCCGGUCGUGUAUGUACUACUCUCACCAUGGUGUAGACAUGUUUACAUAGGAUGCUCGUCACGCU